CAACUGUACUCACUCACUCACUCACUCACUAUUUAUACCCAGCUCAGCUCAUCUUCUUCUCCGACGAGAUGCGACGACUUCUCUUCGAUCUCGCGCCAACUCAUCACCGCCAUAGCUUAGCUUAGCUUAACCAUAAUUAAGCUAGCUUAGCUUAGCCAUGCUGACCUCGCUGAGAUACCUGGCCGGCACGGCGGGGGCGAGCGGCUUCGGGUCGCGCGCCACCGCGGAGGACGCCACCGCGGCCUGCUCCGACCUCCGCCACAUCACCGCCAUCAUCACCGGGGCGACGUCGGGGAUAGGGGCGGAGACGGCGAGGGUGCUGGCGAAGCGAGGGGCGAGGCUGGUGCUGCCGGCGAGGAGCCUCAAGGCGGCGGCGGAGGCGCGGGCGCGGCUGCUCGCCGAGUGCCCCGCCGCCGCCGGCGACGUGGUGGUGAUGCCGCUGGACCUCAGCUCGCUCGCCUCCGUCCGCCGCUUCGCCGCCCGAUUCCUCGCGCUCGGCCUCCCUCUCAACCUCCUCAUCAACAACGCCGGCAAGUUCGCCGACCGAUUCGCCUUGUCCGACGACGGCGUCGAGAUGACCUUCGCCACAAACUACUUGGGGCACUUCCUGCUGACGAAGCUGCUGAUGGAGAAGAUGGCGGAGACGGCGGCGGCGACCGGCGUCGAGGGCCGCAUCGUCAACGUAUCCUCCACAAUCCACAGCUGGUUCGCCGGCGACGACGCCGUCGGCUACAUCGACGCCGUCACGCGCAGGAAGAUGUGCGUAGAACCGUACGAUCCGACGAGAGCCUACGCGCUCUCCAAGCUGGCCAACGUUCUCCACACGAGGGCACUCGCGGAUCGGCUCAAGGAGAUGAAAGCCAACGUGACGGCAAACUGCGUCCACCCUGGUAUCGUCAGGACCCGGCUCAUCCGAGAACGCGACGGCCUUGUCACCAAUACAGUCUUCUUCCUGGCGUCCAAGCUGCUCAAGACGAUCCCUCAGGCGGCGGCGACGACGUGCUACGUGGCGGUGCACCCGGCGGUGGCCGGAGUGUCCGGCAAGUACUUCGCCGACUGCAACGAGGCGUCGCCGUCGAGGCUGGGAUCCAACGCCGACGAGGCCGCCAAGCUGUGGAGAUUCUCCGACGAGGUCGCUGCGGAGGAGAAGGAGGAGAGUGUUCAUGCCGGCAGCUUCAGGCUCCAGGUUCAGAGCUCCAAUGCAGACCGUGGCUUGGCUUUCGCCUAGCUAGCAAGAUCAUCAGUUCAGUUCAUCAUCACCAGAAGAAGAAAAAAAAUUAAUCCAAUUUUGAUCGCCGACGCCCGACAAAUUCAAAGAGAUUCAUCACAGAGCCUGGAAGAAAAUUCAAGUUAGAUUGUCAGUUUCAGAAACCAGAGGAGUAAUUACAGAGAGUAAAAACACUAGAGUAUAAUGGUAUAUGUAUACUGUAAUCUGAGUUUAGAUGUAAGAUAAUAUGUUAGAUAUGUAUAAGAAUAUGCUAGAUGUAAAUAUAUACAUACAAUUACACCAUAUGUAUAAUAUCGUGAUAUAUGCUGUAUCAUGUUUCAUGUUAUAAAACGUUUUGACUUCUUUCAA